UCUGCUGGUGACGUAUACUAUGAUUGUGUACAUGGUGUGGAAUCGAGCCCAGCCUGGUGAGGAAUACCACCUUAGGGAAGUACGCGCGCUGAACGCCCGAAGGAAGGUUAUCGUUAUGAUGAUCGCUGUCGUUACAGCAUUUAUGAUUUGUUGGCUGCCAUUGAACGUUCUCCUACUAGUCGUCGAGCACCAGCCGGCGAUCGAGCAGUGGGCCGGCCUCCCGUACUUGUACCUGUUCUGCCACUGGUUUGCCAUGUCACACGCGUGUUGCAACCCCAUCAUCUACAGUUGGCUCAACGCGCGAUUCAGAGCCGGCUUCUGCCUCGGCCUGUCCAAGAUGCCAGUCAUCGGCAAGUGGAUCCCACACCAUACUAUGCAAUACUCACGCGAGCUCAGCCGCCGACGACGCCGUGACUGCGGCACCGCACGACGAGACGCCCUUGAAAGACACAACGCCCGCAACCACCACCAGCACCACAAACCACCGAAUCAGAGGCGUCGGUUCCGGACGCUGGCCGCAUGGCUGAAGGAUAUAGAAGAGGAAGCAACUGACGUGGUGCAAGAGAACGGAGGGAGGAUUUGGCCUAUUGGAAACAAUCCCAGCUCCAGCCGUCACUCGAGGCCCGUUAGGCGACGCACGACCUCAGCACCAUUAGUACAGCCCACAGUCCACAACCAGACGAUGCAACGUAGACGACAGGCAGAAUCACCAUCCCCAUCUAGUUCUAACGAAAUGGAUAUUGAAGACGUGACUGAGGUGGCAGAGGCCGACCAGCAGUGGAUGUUUGCUCGUGUAUACGGUCCCAGCACCAGUCGCGGCUCGGGGCACGUGUCACGUCGCGCCACCUCCGCGCCAUCAGUGGAGACUACGAUCGAGAUGCAGAACAUGCACCGCAGCAGGCGUGACGCCGAGUCCUCCUCGCCGCAGGCCCGAUCGUUGUUCACAAGGCAGACAGCACAGCAGGGCAGCAUUAAUGGUUCAGUGACGGAGUCUCCUCACCGCCGCAUGUCCCGCAGACUGACGGCAUCGGCACGUGACGAGCAGCUGAGACGCCACGCGCAGGACUUGGCCCCCCUGGCGCGCAGCAGCUCUGGCUCUCGGAGUCCUUCCCCACGUCCUGCUCGAGUGUCUCUCAGGAAGUACAAGUCGGUGCGGAAUGUGCAGCAACGGGGCGGCGACGAAGCCUCUGCUACGCUGCAGAUUGAAAGCAGCUCGGAUUCAGAGAGCCCUGUCGUGCGCUUUAUUAGACGCAUAGCAUGCAGAGAGGAAACAGAGGCCGGAACGGAGACACGACGGGGACCUCAGGCCGAGUCGUUGCCUCCACCUCCGCCUCCGCCACCACGGACCAACUCAAUUGGGCUGCCAGCCGUUUGCUUCGAUCUCCAGCGUCGUUCCGGACCUGAGGGACAGCGCCUAACCUUCGACUCGCUGACCACGCACAUCGAGGAGGCUGUCGAGCAAACACGCCUCGAAUACGAUAUGAAGAGGCGUCGCGGCGAGAGGGACCGUAGGUGCCCAGAGCGCCUCGAAGCACAGCGGCAGGCGUUGUGCGGCAGUGCCGGCAGCGCUGAGAGCGUGCAGCCUGAGCCCCAGCAACCACUGCGUAGACCUCGGUGGACGCGCGCGCUGUCGCCACGGCCGCUGCCGCGACGGCCGCCGUCGCCAGAUAUUAUGUCCAGCGUGCGCAGCUUCUGCGCCAGACUUGUAGACUGUUUCAGAUGUGCCGAAGAGUAG